CGGUGAGAACACUUAGCUCGCCGGCUAGCGCCUCCAUCGCUCGAGCACUUCGACGCAGUCGUUGGGUACCUAUCCUGUACGUAGCGCCACACGUUGCAAGAUCGCGUGCGACUCGACGCUGAGCGCUGAUCAGCCGAAGAUGACGGCUUGCUGCCUCUGUAGCAUGCGGGCCGCACAGAGGCUCAGGGCACCUGCCACCUUGAAGGCUCCUGUAGCUACGCGGAGCCGAGGCUACGCUACUUCGGCAGAGAAGAUUCGCUCGCUUGAGGCUGCCCUCGAUCCCACUAAAGAGCCCAGCCAGAGUGCCAAAGUAGAGAGAACAUUCAAGCGCUUCUGGAAGGAUGUCCGUCUCGAUCCACGCCCCGACGGUCAUAUCGCUGUCUUGCUGGACAAGCGAACGCUCAAGACGACCUCCAACGUUCCCCUGCUGCUUCCAAGACGCAAUCUUGCAGCAGCGCUACUCAUUGCGAAUGAAUGGGACAAUCAAGACAAAGUACUCAAGCCUCACUCGCUGCCCAUCACCUCUCUGGCUUCCCGAGCGAUUGAUGGCAUGUCCACCCCAGAACAGCGCAAAGAAAUCGGACAGGGCUUGCUCAAGUAUCUUGACACCGAUACCAUUUGCUUCCAUGAAGAGGAGCCGCCUGCUCUAGUCGAUCUGCAGAAACGACACUGGCUCCCUCUCAUCACCUGGGUUAACGCCACCUUUGGGACAGACAUUGCGCCUUUUACGACCCUCAUGGGCACGAAGCAGUCCGCACGUACUGUCAUCGUCUUGGCCAAACGCAUAGAGUCCUACGAUAGCUUCACGCUCGCCGCUUUCGAGCGCGCUGUUCUCGCUAGCAAGUCUUACUGCAUCGCCCUGGGUCUCAUUGAGGGCGUGCUCAGCGUGAACGAGGCGAGCGAUUGCGCCCACGUCGAGGUUAACAGCCAAGUCGAACGGUGGGGCCAGGUCGAGGACACGCACGACGUCGACCAUGAAGACAUACGGACGCGCUUGGGCAGCGCCGCGAUGUUUCUUGCAGCUGUUCCCGGCCCUUAG